AUGUCAAGCAUCAAAUUCAAGAAAUGGUCUUCGACUGGAGGACAUCCACUAGUCUCGGGCGUUUCUGAUUGCAGCAAGUUGGAACGAGUGCGGGUCUUUGUUUCGUUCCUGAACAGUUGCAAACUCUUAGACGUUGUCCGUCGAGUGGAGAAGACUUUCACCUUUGGUAAAGGAGACCGCACAUUUGAAUGCAUGUGGACGCACUUCUGUAUGGAAUUGCAGUUUGGAGACCGCUUUGCAAUCCUCGAACGCACCCAAGACGGCGUGAUGUUCACCGAGAGAAAAAUCGACUCUAGCUCUGAAGUGGAAACGUGGACCGGGGUUCCUGAUGAUCAUGUGACUUUUGGUCAGAUCAUGGAUUUCUAUGAAAAGGAAUUGGGAUCUCCCUACAAGUUCACCAGCAAGAACUGUAAGCACUUUGCUUACGAUUUCUUUCGGCGGAUUAUGCGCCAACAGGAGAACCUUUACUUUGGAAAAUUCUGUCGAGGCCACGAAGAUGUGUUCAGGUGGAAGACAAGCUGA